AUGAGGCGUUUAAAGGGGGGGCACCUGAACGCCCCCAAAACUGGUUGGUCGCUACGCCAAGCAUCCCUUCGAUUCCCUUUAUGUCUUAAGGAAGUCCUUGACGACGACGCCGUCCUCAGCGACGUCGACGACGACGACGCAAACACCGCGCCCGCCUCCUCCGGCGAGCCUCCCUCAGCCGACGACCGCUGCCGCGUCCACAACCUCCUCGCCGAGCUCGAACAGGAGCGCCGCGCGCGGAAGGCCGCCGAGGGCGAGCUCUCCCGUCUCCAGUCCACCCACAACCGCCUCAAGGCCUUCGCCCAGGACGUCAUCCGGAAGCGCGACGACGCCCUCCGCGAGAAGGAGGACACCGCCCGCUCCGCCGCCCGGGCGGCGGUGGAGCUUGCCGAGGCCGUGAGGCUCAAAGACGAGGCCGUGAGGCAGAAGGACGCCCUCCGGUCGGAGGUGGAGUCCGCUGCCCAGAUGCUGGUUUCCGGCAUCGAGAAGUUUUCCGGAAAAGUCGCCGACUUUAAGAAUUUCUCCGCCGGCGGCUUGCCGAGGUCGGAGAAGCACACUGGGAUGCCGGCCGUGGCCUACGGCGUCGUCAAGAGGGCGGACGAGAUCGUGGAGGAGCUCGUAAAGCAGAUUGAUGCGGCGGCCAAAUCCAGAGAUGCAGCUCGUGAGCAGGUGGAACAGAGGAACUAUGAGAUCGCCAUUGAGGUCUCAGAGCUUGAAGCAACCAUUGGCGGGCUUAGAGAGGAGGUCUCUAAGAAGGGCUCUGAGAUUGAGAGACUGGAGAAGUUGGUUACCGAGAGGGAUGCCAAGAUUUAUAUCUUGGAGAUGGAGAAUUCAAAGCUGAGGCAGUUUAGCGAGGAUUUUGAUAGCAAAUCGAGAAGUUUGGAGACCAAAAUACAGUCACAGAGACCAUUGCUUAUCGGUCAGUUGAAUCACAUGUCUAAGGCUUAUGAACAGAUUCACGAUAUUAUUCGAAUUGCAGAUGCAGGGACAUUGGAUCAGUCAGAAUUGUUGGAUUCUUUGUCUCUGGGCAAAGAGAUGGAUGUGGAUGAGAAUUUACAAACUUUGUUUGAAACAUCAGUUUCUAUUUAUAAGCUGGCCAAGGUUGCUGUGCACAAAGUAAGGGAAAAAAUGGAAGAGAAAGGACAGGAGACAAGAGUUUUGAGGGAUAAAGUUGAUGAGUUAUUGGUGGAGAAGCAGCAUGUGGGUACCUUGCUUAGAAGCGCCUUGUCAUCAAAGACAGAUAAGGUGUUGGAAAUGGCAGAAAAUGUGCUGAGAGAGGCUGGGAUAGAUUUGAGACUCAAUGGCCAUGGGAGGCAUGGUGUGGAGGAGAGAGAAGAUGAUGAUGAAGUCUAUACAUUGGCUGGUGCUUUGCAGAAUACUGUGAAAGCAUCUCAACUUGAGAUCGUUGAGCUGCAGCAUUUAGUGGAAGCACUAAGGGCAGAGUCUAGCCUACUGAAGGCACAUGUGGAUUCUCAAGCAAAAGAGAUUUCUCAGCAGAAGCAACAAAUUAAGGAACUUAAGGAGAAAGAUCAGAUGGCAAAUGAAAGUGUUGAAGGCCUGUUGACGGACAUUGCAGCUGCAGAAGAAGAAAUUGUAAGAUGGAAAACAGCAGCAGAGCAAGAAGCUGCAGCAGGCAGAGCUGUUGAACAAGAAUUUCUCACACAGGUAUGCUCACAGAGUAGUUUUUAUUUUAUACAUGCCAUGUAUCUUUUUGGUAUAGAAAAUAUUGACAGCUAAUUUGAUCUGCCAGUAUCCUUUGCUUUACAUGAGUUUGAUACGAUAAAAUAUUGAUAGUUUGUAAUUAGCCCAUUCAUUGUUCCAUAGAAUCUAUGCUUUCAUUUCAUGCAUAUAAUGCUAGAGAAUUAGGCAGAAAUGAAAAACUUACACCACUUCCUCUAGAACAUAAGGUUGGCUCUAAUUCUCCACUUUUAGUUUUUUGAGAAUGACAGAAUCUCACUUCCCAUUGAUAAAAUACUAGAUUCAGUGUAUUGCUCAAGUAGUAAGCGUCUAAAAGACAAAUUUACUUUGAUGGAUGUCUUCCUAUAAUUAGAAGCAGUGUUUUUUAAAAGGAAAAAAAUACAUUGGAUGGUCGCAUCAAUUGGGCCAUCAAAUUGUCAUCCAAAUCAAGAAUUGAAAACCCAAGCAUCGUGGCCUCAUAUUUGCAGUUCUGUGUGUAAUGGCUUUGAGUGGGCAUGGGAAGGCUAGUAGGGCUCAAGGUGUGCUAUAUCAGGCCCACACAGCCUAGUCAGCCUUAUUGAGGCGGAUCAUGCACGAAGACCACACCAAAACCAAGUUGUACUUCCGAUGAUUGCAAAAAUGAUACUGGAACUAUAGUUUGGUAGAGUACUGUCAGUAAGAUACUAUAUGUAUCCUAUAUUGACAUAGCCUCCUAACACUUUUUUUUUUACUCCCAGCCAUAAUAUCGUCUGAAACUGGGUGGUAUGGGUUAAUACUACUAGACGACAAACAAAGAAGUUGGUAGCAACAGAACUGCCUCUAAACCACUAGAGCACCUACAAAAAUCAGUCUACCUACGCUACAUUGUACCUUCUAUUAAUUAAGAUUGCCGUUUUAGGCCAUCUUAAUGAAAGCCUGAAUCAUUCUCUUGAAGCUCAUCCUCUUUAUGAUAAAUGAUCCGCUUGCCCCGAAAUGACCCGCCCCAAUAGGGAAAUCCCAAUUCAGUGGGCCUUUCGAUACAAUCAAAUAGAUUGCCACAAGGGCGCCAUAUUCUAGGAGCCCAAACUAUGUGAUUGAAUAAAUCCUCCUCUAUCUGUUGCGGGUCGACGG